AUGUCAGCUGUGGCUGGGUUAACAAAUUUCUACAUUGCUUUGAAAAGCACAAAGCACACGAAGCGUGUACAUGCUCUGUACAUAUACAUGCACGCUACCAACUACGUAAAUAUCGCCCUGAAUAAACAAGCCUACCUGAGUACCCUAUCCACAGACGAAGGCUCCAAACCAUCGAAUGCGGUUGAUGGAAAUUUGACAAACCUUGUUAUGACGAACUCAACUUUCGGAUAUUCAGAAUGGAUAGUCGUUGAUCUGGUAAAUGCUUACCAAGUAAAGUAUGUCAUAGUUUUCAACAGAGGAGCUUGUGUUUCAUGCUAUGCUCAAAUGAGGAAUUUUGUAGCUGGCCUGACAAAUUAUUUUGACGCGAAAGUGAACAGUUCCCUGCGGGGUAAUUAUGAUUUGUGUGGGACAGGACCGAAAUUAGUGGUCAAUCCUUACCAGCUGAUGAACGUUACAUGUGUUGAUGGCGAAAAAUUUUCAAGAUUUGUCAUCUUACAGCUUUCCAUUCAAGUUGAACAGGUUACCUUACCUCAGUCUCUAUUCGUGGUUGUCGCAGAAGUUGAAGCUUACACCGACGAAACAUUCUUGCAAUAUGACAACGUGGCCUCUCUGAAACCGGCCUACAUGAAGGUCCCCAAGUUCCCAUGCUCUCCAAACUACUGCGUCGACGAGAAUAAAGCAAGUGACUGCGUGUCUCCCUACGGCAGUCCCACAAACGAAAACUGGUUUGCCGUGGACUUGUUGCGGCAGUACAACAUCGUGUAUGUUGUUCUCUAUGCCAGCUCUACCGCAUACUCCCUAAUGAACUAUUUCGCCGUCGGACUAACGAAUAAUUUUGAUAAAAACUCGACUGCAAGUAUUCGGAGCACGUAUCAAAUUUGCGGUCGCUGGAAAGAUUUCGCUCUGCCUGGUGCAGAAGCUAUGAGAGUUGAUUGUGCCAAUAAUGGAAACAUCUUCGCGAGGUACGUCAUCGUCCAACAAGAGACCAGCAUGCUCUUUAACACCAUGUCGUUUGCAGACAUCGAGGUGCACGGUUCAGAAAAUUCUAUCUACAAAUACAUGGGAUGUUAUAAAUCAUUUGAAACACAAAGAACCUUCUUUGAAUCAUCUCUGGACGUUUGUAUAAACUUGUGCAAACUCUCCAAUGUUUCCUAUGCUACGGUCAAGGACAACAGUGUGUGCUUCUGUGGGGUGCCAUCUGAUCUUCUUCCGUCGUCUUCAUGUUUCGCAAAUUGUGAUGCAAAUGCAGUCUGCUAUUCAAACUUUUACGCGGUUUAUACGACUUCAAUAAGUCCCGGUCAAUUGGGUUGUUACACGAAUGCUGAUUUCGCUGAUGGCAUGAAUUCAUCACCAAGAACGGUUAAAAAUUGUCUUCAAUAUUGUCUGGAGAGGAGCUUCACGUACGCAAGUCUGCAGGGUUCUUCAUGUUUCUGUGGAAAUUCUACCGGAAGUUACGGCAAGACUUCAGAUUGUGAUUGCAACAUCACUUGUAGUGGCGAUCCAUCGGAGAGGUGUGGGGGAUCGUCGGCGAAGAACGUUUACCUGCGUAAAUGA